UCAGACGCGGAUUCUCCAGAAGUUUUGCGCACGAGCCCAGUCAUCUCGCAGCGGAGGAUCAAAUCUGCGCGAAACCCCGACAGUUUACGGUUCUUCUGGGUAAUGGAACUGGAUAAAAUGGACGAAAAUGACUGGAAAUAUCACGGGGAGGGCAACAAGAGCUUGGUUGUGUCGCAUUCGCAGCAUUGCCGAGUUCUGCGUCUGUUGAAGUUUCCUUCUGAAGAUUCCACGCAUACACGACAGACUGCAGAACAAGCUUUUCGACACAUCCUCAACAUUGUGGAUUAUAGUAAAUAUGUCAUGAAGCCUUUACUUGGGGAGAAAUACGUUCACAGUGGAGAGGUCGUCAAACUACCGCUGGACUUUGUGAGACAGCUGUCACUGAAAGUUCAGCAAGAACGGCCUGAACUGCGCUGUGACAAGGUCAUGGACACGUUCAGUGGGUGUGGCUUAUGUCUGCCCAACCUCACCCAGCUCCACCACCUCACAGACCACAGACCGCCUAUUUGUGUGGAGAUUAAGCCAAAAUGUGGAUUUCUACCCUGUUCUAGACACAUUACCAAGGAAUGCAAGCGCAAAGUAUGCAGAUUCUGCAUGCAUCAGCAUUUCAAAUUAGCCAAUGGAAAAUGGAAGAGACUCAGCAGAUAUUGCCCCCUGGAUCUCUUCUCAGGGAGCAAACAGCGAAUGUACGUUGCAAUGAAGAACUUGUUAGAGGAACCUCAAAACAACUUGAAAAUAUUUAAGGGUGGAGAGUUGAUAUUUAGCUGUAAAGAUGACGCCAAGCAGCAGCCCGACAUGAACGAUCUCAUUCAGCACCUUUGGCCUUAUUUCCCUCACAGUAACGGCCUUUAUAACGGCCACCAGCCUGGCAAAGCCAUUCUCAACGAGUUCAUCCAGGUGAUCUGCUCCGCCCUGCUGAGCAGCGGGGACUCGAAUCGCUCGGUAGAACCGAGAAAGAUGCACCUGUCCGAGAGCAUACCACACUGCGAGGCCAGUCCCUUCCCUAGAGAUCUGCUCCGCAAUGGUAACCACGGUCUGCCUAAAGAUAGCGUUCUUGCAAAAAUCCUUCAAGUUCAGAUGCUGGAUAACCUUGAUAUUGAAGGAGUCAACCCACUGUACAAACGAGUGGAACAAUAUCUGGAAGAGUUCCCUAAAGAGAGAAACAGACUGCAGAUAGACGGCCCUUAUAAUGAGAGUUUAAUGGACAAAGUGAAAAACUGUCCCACUGAAGAUGACGGCUCUGUAGAAUAUGCAGUUGGGAAGGUUCAUCAAUAUAGAGUUGCAAUGACUGCCAAAGAUUGCUCAGUUAUGAUAACGUUUGCACCUUGUGGGGAAGACGAGGAACACCAACCCAAUAUGGACAUCCAACCUGCGAAGCCUCGUUUUACUUAUUCGGUCUCCAUCCUGGAUCUGGACCCCAAGCCGUAUGAAGGCAUCCCUCAUCAGUACAAGCUGGACACCAAAAUCGUCAACUACUACCUGCGGAGCACGCAGGUUCCACCCCCAUCCAGCCUAUAUAAAGAGAGGCAGGAGUGCACGCUGCUCUUCCACGCUGUAUGAUACACCUCAAGACUGCUGCUUUUCAACCAAGCGUCGGAAAUGCGCAGAAGUGAAGUUCAAGUUGAAACAGAUAUACUGUUUUGGUUUUUUGUUUUCUAGUUUUUUUUUUUAGGUGUUUGCCCUCCCUGUGUUAACGGCUCCAACGAGACAGUUGGCAGCAACAAUGGAGUUCAUGGUUGUUUCCGAGGUGACCUGAUGUUUUUCUUUUUGUGGGGGAUGUUCUCACAGGGGCUGGUCUCCUAAAGCACAGCAUAUCUGAAAGAGUCAGUCAUUGACUUUAGUAGGGAGGACAAUGUUUGUGUGUUUCUCGCACUUACGGCAGUGCUACUGUGGUAUCCAAGUGCCAAAAGUGGCUUAAAGUGAUUUUUAUUAAUUAACGUUUUACAGUGCAUCAGCUUGGCCGUGUUGUCAGUUGCUGCACGGGAAGUUUGGACUUCGAAAACAGAUGAGUACUUUAGUUUAAAGGGACAGUUCACCCAGAAAUGAAUAUUCUUUCAUCAUUUACUCACUCAUAUCAUUCCCAACCCAUUUGACUUUCUUUCUUCUUCCACACCAUGUAAGGAAAUGGGGACUGGUGCUGUCAAGCACCAAAAUGACAAAAGAAAAAUCGUUUUUCACUGUAAAAACGUUUUUUUUUUUUUUUUGGCGCAUUGGAAACAAACUUUUAAGUCUGAUUUUUUUUUUUUCAAUGAAUCGUUGAAUCCAGUUAAGAAAAUGGUCAAAAUGAUUUGAUCACAACCCUGUUCAACUCACUGAUUCAGUUAUCUGGUUGCAACUGUUAAUUGCCCACAAGAGGAGAAGAUUAUCAAUGAAGAUUAGCGUAUGACUUCAGAGGAGUUGGAAUAAAACGCAUAAGUCAUUUGGUCCACUUUUGUGAUACUUUAUUGGUGCUAUUUUUGUAAUUUUGGGGCUUGACAUCCCCAGUACCCAUUUACUUUCCUUAUAUUGAAAAGAGUGGCCAGGAUAUUCUUAAAAAUGUCAUCUUUUGUGUUUGUUAGGGUGAGUAAAUAAUGACAGAAUUUUCUUUUUUGGGGGAACUAUCCAUUUAAAUUAGGCCACAUCCAAGUAUAAACCUCCAUUUUCAGUCUCCUAAUGUUGCGUUUCCAGUGUGGAUGAGAAGCAUAGAUGUAGCAAAAUCGAUGCGUUUUCAGACUAAAACAUAUUAGUGUGGGCGUGGCCUUAGACAACUGCUCCAUUACAUUCUUAAAGCUCCUGAAACAACUGAACAUGGCGAUCUAGGAUUUAUACUGACAAUCACAAACCUGUUGCAUGCUAGUGAAUGCGGUUAUGCUAACAUUGUCACUACUCCUAAGACUAUAUUAUAAAACCGUCUAACGAUAUUACUCGCUAAUGGAGUAUAACUGUAACGUGUGCUUGGCUAGCGUAAUAGUUUUCCGCCAUAUACAAAUCGAAGUGUCUUAUUGAAGCUAGUCCAUCAUCUCAACGCAUUAAACAACAGCAUUUUCCCCUAAAAUUGCUCGACACUACUACCCGUCGUCUUGUUUUCAAUCACAGACAAACAAAAGAAUUCAUAAAUUUUACAACAGCUGCGUUUGUCCCAAGAUUUAUUCCAUGUUAUUGUUCACAGAGACAUUCAUUCGUCAAAGACAGACAAUGCAGUUUUGUUAGCAGUUAGACAAGCCAGCACGUUUUCAAUAGUGAAAGGCGUCUUUUCAGUGCAGAAGUAUAUUGCUGUGCCACAGAACUGACACUGCUGAUUUAACUUUGCCAUUUUGCAUGGCACAGUUUCCAUCACUCGGUGUCCAAGUUUGGCACCUUCAACUGAAAAGCAACCAUAGCGUGACAGUUCACACCUAUUUCAAUGUGCAACUUUUAACACUAAAAAUGGCACCUCAUGGACGCCAUUCUCUUUCAUGGGGAGUACUACUGUUACAAAAUACUGUGGCGUGAGCUCCAUUCUAUUAAGUCUGAGUUUGCAGAUUGGAUGGUCUUAUGCUUCUGUUUACCUCUUUUAAGGGAAUAGUUCAUGUAAAAAUAAAGAUUGUCAUUAAUUUCUCAUCCUCAUGUGAUUUUAUAGCCCUCUGAAUACAAAAGAUGGCUUGAAGAAUGAUCAUAUUGCACGGCAAAAUCGUAUGAACUGCUUUUAUGAUGCUUUUAUAAUACUUUUUUGUUGCUUGACAGGACAUGGUUACUUUUUUGUAAUCCACUGACAAAAUAACAGCUUAUACUGUAGGUUUGUAACGACAUGUAGGACUGAAUAUUGAUGCAAUUUUUAUUUUUAAGUGAGCUAUUCCUUUAACUUGGUGUCGACUGCAUUGGCAUGCUCAACCGAGAAACGUCAAUGCUGUUACCAUCAGGAGAAUAGUGUUUUACAUGACUGAACAUUCAAAAUUGCCAAACUGUGUUCACACUCCCCUUUUGUCUUUGUGUUAUUUUGAACUGGUGUCAAACGAAGAAUUGUACGCCUUAUAUUGAGCGAAAAUGCUUUCAUUUUUUAAUCGAUUGCGUUUAUCUGGCAUGUCGCUCAGUUUUGAAGUGUUACCCUGCUGUAUUAUGAAUGCACACUACAAAAAAUAAUCAUCUUAAGUCAUUUUGUUGUGUAUUCCAGUAAAAAUAUCUAUUAUUCUAUUUUUAUAUUUACUUAAGCUAAACUUAGUAAAAUAUGAAUUCUAACUAUUAAAUCUUUCUAAAUGUUGUUACAUUUAUGCUUAACACAAGACAAAACAAUUUGGCAAUGGGGUACAAAAAACAAAAUUGAAGACUUUUAUCUGAAAACAUGACUUACACUUUCUUGAGAAGCAAAACUGUAAGAUAGUAUCUUGUUUUAAAGGAUGUUAAGAGUUUUACUGAAAAAAAAAACGAUAAAAUACGGGUUAAGAAAAUUAUUUUUAGCAGUGUGUAUUUUCUCCACACCAAAGUUUUCAACUUUGGAAAAUAAGCAGCUCUAGCCAUGUAUAUUUUACUUGGCCUUUGUUUAAAAACAUCUUUCCCCCUCUUUGAAGCGAUACGAAACCAGAAGUUAUUAAUCAGAGGUGGCGACUGUGUUACUCUGAUAAACUGAAGAUCUGUAAUCAUUAUCUAGGUAGGAAUGGACAUUAAUUCUAAACAAUAAACAAUGAAAAUCACAGUCUUUGUGAUGGGAUCUAAUGUUAAAAUGUAACUAUUUGAAAAUACAAAGUGGAUUUGCUGUCAGACAUUUUGUAUUUAAAAUUAUUUAUUUUUCUAGCUCGUCUAAUGAUGUAUAUUUCAAUAACGUGUGGGCAUAUCAUGCGUAAAAUGAUUGAUACGUACAGGUGGUAUAAAUAUAUAGUUCCUAACGGGUGAUUGCACAGGUGUUUGUAUCAAAUAAAAUGAUUAGAUAUGAA